AUGCGUGCAACUAUACCUGCUUUGCAGCAGCUCUCGUCAAGCGCUCAAAGAGCGCGCUCGUACGCGUUCAUAGGACUUGGGCGCAUGGGGAAAGAACAGGCCUUCAAUCUGUUCUCCAAGACCCAUUCUGCCGACCCAUCUGCGCGCUUUGUCGUAUGCGACGCCGUGCCCGCAGCGGCCGAGUCAUUCUGCGCUAACUUCGCCUCGCAUUUCCCCGCUGCACGACAGCUCGUUACAGUUGCUUUAACGCCUGCGGAUGCCCUUAGUCAGAGCGCAACAGUUGUUACGAUGCUUCCGGCUUCUCCGGAGGUGAAGAAGGUCUAUACUCAAGCAGAAGGAAUGUUGCCCGCGUUGAGGGAGAUGGGCGAGCGAGAUCGUCGAGAAACGCUGUUCGUGGAUAGCACAACGCUUGAUGUCUCAGUUGGUCGCGCUGUUGCGGCUGAAGCUGAAGAAGCCGGUGCUGCCAUGGUUGACGCGCCCGUAUCCGGCGGCGUCACAGGUGCUAAGGCGGCUACCCUUGCAUUCAUGGUUGGAGGCCCUGUUCCUUCAUUCGAACGUGCGCAGCCGUUGUUGACCCGUAUGGGUUCACGGAUAGUGCAUUGCGGCCCGUCAGGCGCAGGAUUGGCUGCGAAGAUCUGUAACAAUCUAGUCCUUGGUGUACAACAAAUCGUCGUCGGCGAAGCCAUGUUGCUGGGCGAAAGACUCGGGCUCGAACCGCGCGUGUUGGCGGAAGUGAUCAACAACUCUACUGGCCGAUGCUGGGCGAGCGAGGUGAACAACCCAGUGGCAGGAGCUCUUCUGGAGAAGUCGCCACCUUGUGACAGGGACUACGAGGGUGGCUUCGCGACGCUGCUGAUGUUGAAGGACCUCGGGCUUGCCAGUGAGGCGGGACUAGAAACUGGCACGAAGCUACCGUUGGGAGAGAAAGCGCAGGAUAUAUACAGAGCGGCAGUGCAGGCGAAGCCAGAGCUGGGGCGGAAGGACUUUAGCAGCGUAUAUCAGCAUCUGAAACUGGUCGCCUUGUUCUCGACGGUCGCCGCGUCUUCCUUCCCAUCUUCCACAACGGCCUCCAUGUCAGACAAGCCGUCUGUCCUCAUUCUCGGCGGCGUCAGCCACUGCUCGCGGGCGCUUGCCAACCUGUUGUGCCCUCCGGCAGAAGAGGCCAAAGUUGCCCAUCUGCGCAUCGCCGACAAAUAUUCGGUACACCCGCCUACAACAUAUAUCGGCCCCGAAUUCCGCCAAACGAUAGAAAGCCCUGCUAUUGAAUACAAACAGGCGAACCUCACUGUACCAGCGACCGUCAGCUCGUUAUUCGACCCUCCGGAGGGCGUCGACCCCUAUUCCAUUGUAUUUGACCUGACUGGUGACCUUAAUUAUGAGCGUGGCGAAGAGUUUCACAUCAAGAACACAGCGAAUGUCGCACAUAUUUGCGCGACGGAGGCUGCCCGGAGAAAGGUCGCUGCAUACGUCCGCAUCCAGCCGCCGUACUAUGAGUGCUCUGAAAAGGGCACGCACGACGAGAGUGAUGAUCCCAAGCCGUUGAAUGCUGUUGGCACGUGGUGGCAUGAGGCUCUGCGUAUAGUUGGUGAUGUGCAGGAUUUGAAUCUUGUCGUCGUGCGGAUAGGCUUCCUGUACGGGCCUUACCAGGCACAGGCGUACAUGACGUCCGUCUUGACCGUUGCGUCUGUCUACGGCUAUCUCAAGAAGCCGAUGAAGUCGCUCUGGUCACCGGGGAAGCACCCGAUGCACACGGUCCAUGUGGACGACAUCGCAGGCGCGUUAUGGGCCUGCGCACAAUGGAUGGUUCCAUUAGGACGCGAGAAGGCGGAGUCCGAGGCUGGUGUCGCUAUACCCUUCCACAACGACCCAGCCAAGUUGGCGGACGUGGCUGGUGCGCCAGCGCCGGAAAAGAAGGUUGUCGUGCCGUUGUUCAACCUCGUCGACGACAACGAGACCACGCUGGUCAAGGCGGGCUCGACCAUGUGCGAGUUAUUUGGAACAAAGUUUGACUUCUACAACUUCGUGACCAGCGCGAUGUUCCGCUUCCGCUUGGAAGAUGUUGUUGAAGAAAUCAACGAGGUGCACGUCAGCGCAUGGGCGGAGAUGUUGAUGAAGAACUCUCCGCCGAUCACGAGCUCGCCCGUCACCGCGUACAUGGACGUCUGGUCGUUGCAAAAACACACUGUCGCGUUCAGCAACGAGAAACUCAAACGCAUAGUCGGAUACCAGCUGAAGCGCCCGCACAUGACCCAAGAUGUUCUUCGCGAGAUCGUCGACAAGUGGAAGGCGGAGGGCUCGUGGCCGAACGUCGCCUGA